UAUCAACUCUCACUCUUGUAUGAUGGUUAACGGUAGAGGAGAUCAUUCCGAGAUCGAUGUUAUGAGUCAAGGUGGUGGCGAUUUGAACAUGGUUGAUGUAGAAAAUGGAGUUAGAGAAUCAAACUAUUUGGUGUUCCAUCCCCCUGCUACAUAUCAAUCUAGGAGUGCAGCAAAUCAGGCUCCCAAGCAACCGCUUAUAGCAUUAUCAUCAGAUGAGGAUGACGAGGAUGAUUUCCGUCCUAUAAGCGAAACUUUGGGUCUAUCAUCGAAAUCACGAAAGGAAGAUAACAAUCAAGACGUUCUUCUCAUUGACGGUUCAGAAGAACCUUUGGUUAGUAAAGCUUCCAAAUCUGUGUCCAAGACUAAGAAGGCUCGAGCGGAAGUGGAAACUCAAGUCCUAGAAGAAGCCGGAGAGAAGAGUCAAGGGGCAGAUGUUGACAAAAACUUAGAAGAUUCAAAAGUUAAAAAGUCUCCCAAAUCGAAGUCUCCAAAAAAGAAACUGAAAGUAGAGACUCAAAGCCAUAAAGAAGAGACUGAUAUUGAAGAGGAAGCUGUGAAGGCAGAAGUAACUGAGAAGAGUGCAAUACCUCAUGGCUCUUCAAGAUUGCCUUUGAUGAUGGCAGAGAAAGUCCAGCGGUCAAAGGCACUUGUUGAAUGUGAAGGAGACUCCAUAGAUAUGAGUGGAGAUAUUGGUACUGUUGGACGAUUAGUAAUUUCAGACACGCCAUGUGGUAGCAGUGAACUGCUUUUGGAUUUAAAAGGAACCAUAUACAAAACAACAAUAGUUCCAUCGAGAACAUUUUGUGUUGUCAACUUUGGUCAAACGGAAGCAAAGAUAGAAGCUAUCAUGGAUGACUUCAUUCAACUGAAACCACACUCCAAUGUUUAUGAGUCGGAGACAAUGAUUGAAGGGACACUAGAGGGAUACUCAUUUGAUUCUGACGAAGAGGCAGAUAAAAUUCCAAAGCCUAAAAUACAAGGAGAAGAAGGUGAAGAACAAGCCAAUGGAAAGGUCAAGGGAAAAGCUGAUAAAGCAUUGGGCGUCAAAAAGAAGGGCAAAAUAACCGCUAAGCCACCAGCUAAGAGAGUAAAAAAGAAAGCCCCAGUUUCCAAGAAAGGCAAGGGCUCCAAGAAAUGAAAGUCAAAUAUUUCCUAUAACUGCAGUGCAGAUGUCAGAGCUCGGACGGGCUAGAAAAAUGCAAGGAUGAGUAGAAGAAUGAUCGACUUGGGGAAUGCUAGAUUGUUCGAAGAGGAGGGAACCACUGCCAUAACCUCUCCAUAACUGUUGUCACGUAUAGGCUCAGAAUUGACUCCAUCAUCUUGCCUCCCCACUCUGCAUGGGAACAGAACAAGAUACAGAAAUUACAAGUUAUAAAAAAAGUCCCAGUGAUCAAGAUUGAACCUUACCCAAUCUGUGUAGGGCAGAAAGUGAUGUUAUAUUCGAUUGCUUUGCAAGUGAAAGUAUUGGUGCCGUCAUCAAAAGCAUAGCUGUAUGCUCUGGGGCAAGCCCUUUUGAAGAUUAUGGAGUAUACAGAAGGUCUGCAAGUGUUUGGAUUUGCAAACUCACCAGCACAGCAGUACUGAUCUAAUCCAAAUGCCUCACAGGCACUCUUACAACCAAUAACACCAGCCUCAUUCAGACGCUGCAGCUCUUUCGGGCAACCUGAGAGCAAUAAAGAUUUUGAUAUAAGCUGUUAGUUGCUGAUCUUUAAAUUUUAAAAAGCAGAUUCAGAAUUUUUCAAAUAGGAUACGCCAGAUGCAAUUGAGAUUUAGUUUUAUAUUCAAUGGAUUAUACAAUAUUUACCUA